AUGACCUUAAAGAUGGACGUUGUGGAAGUACCAGCGAACCAAAAGGUCGAGAAAGUACCCAAAACACACUUCAACGAAGACUUUGCUCGCAAAGCCGAAGCACUGAAGCCGCAACUUCAUGAGUGGAUUGACCGUCCCUUAUCAGUAAUCAAUUUCGAAGUGGAUGAGAAGGCCUUCUUCAAAUGCAAACCAGUCCAGAUACAUACCAUUCAAGAACUUCAGGACCUCUCCUACGGCAAAGGCGACCAACUCAUUUUGGAUUUCGGCUCUCACCGUGUCGGCUAUCUAUCUUUUCAUCUUGGUGUGGAUGGAGUAAACGUCGAUGCUCCCACACGACUCAGACUUACAUUUGGUGAGAUCCCAUACGAUGUGACAGAAGACCUCCAUCCAUGCAAUACAUGGAUAUCGACCAGCUGGCUUCCUGACGAGAUCAUCAACGUCGAUUGGCUGCCUACUGACGUGGAAAUGCCACGACGUUAUUCCUUCCGAUACCUCAAGAUAGAAGUCAUCGACACCUCCCCCAAAUACAAAGUCAAAUUCUCAGAUAUCAAGGUCCGAGCCGUCAGUGCCGUAUCUCCAGAAACCGCACUCGCCUCACAGAACUUUGCCAUUGCCGACAAAGAACUCGCCCUCAUCGACCACAUCAGCCAAGUCACGCUUCGGAACUGCAUGCAAACCGUCUUCGAGGAUGGACCUCGUCGAGAUCGUAGACUGUGGCUUGGUGAUCUUCGACUCCAAGCACUCACCAACUACUGUACCUUCAAAGACCACUCUCUCGUCAAACGAUGUCUCUACAUGUUCGCCGCCCUCCCACGAGAAGAUGGCAGCCUCCCCGCAUGUCUCUUCGAGAAACCCAAACUCGCACCCGCAUCAGACUACAUCGUCGACUACGACGCUCUCUUCGGCCCCACAGUCUACGACUACACCCUCUCCUCCAACGACCUCCAAACCGCCCUUGAGCUCUGGCCCACCAUCCUCAACAGCCUCAACCUCCCCCUCAGCCACCUCGACCCCUCCGGAAAAUUCUCCUCCUCCUCCUCCCCCGCCUGGAAAUUCCUCGACUGGUCCCCCGGCCUAGACACCAACGCCGGCAUGCACGGCCUCGUCCUCUUCGCCUGCAAACAAGUCAACAACCUCGCCCUGCUCAUCUCCCAACCCCAACCCUUCCUCGACAUCGUCGACAAAAUGACCACAGCUGGUCAAUUAUUCUACGACCCAUCUCAAAACCUCUUCACCAGCGGCCCCUCCAGCCAAAUCUCCUGGAUCUCCCAAGCCUGGCUCUCCCUCGCUGAAGCAGCCUCCCCAGACAUCUGCCUCCUCGCCCUCAAAACAGCCAUGGCGCACCCUAAAGCCAUCAAGCCUCUCACACCAUACGCGUACCACCAUGUGGCCGAAGCGCUCGCCCGCUCAGGCGGAGAAGAGGAGUGUGUGGUGCUGGUGAGGGAGUAUUGGGGUGGGAUGGCGAGGGCGGGAGCGGAUACGUUUUGGGAGUGUUUUGACGAGGGGGAUUCGAGGAGGAGUCCGUAUGGGGAUUGUCAUAAUAAUAGUUAUUGCCAUGCGUGGUCUUGUACGCCGAGUUAUUUGUUGAGGGUUGUGCUGAAGGAGUAUUUGGAAAAGAGCUAG